GCUCAAGGAGCUCGGUCCUCAUCGAUGGGAUGCCUUGUUGAUUGGACGUCGUUCUACUUCGCGAACAAGUGGCGAAGUGGACCUUGCUUGUAAGGAGCGGUAAGCUUGCAUCUUUUCUAUUUUGCAGGCGGGUGGCAAACAUACCGCCAGGGAGAUCAGGGCGGGCACUAUCGCCAUGGCUACCGCCCUCUCUUCGCAGCUGUCCUCACUGCGGUCGCUCAAUGCGCAGCGCCUCACCACCUCCGCGGCGGUGCGCCAUGCACAUGCACCAACCUCGUACCUCUUCAGCAGCCGGGAUGCCUCACGCCAAGACCUGCGCACGGUACAUGCCAUUGCGGUCAAUGGCUGGGAUGAGCUGUGCCGCUCUCACCCUCAUGUAGCCGGCAGCUGGGCCGGCGGAGCAGAAGGCAGUGCUCAGGGGAGCAAAGACGCAGAAAGCGCGUCGGCUGUGGAGCUUCUCUUUGGACAAAGUAGCAUUACUAGAGACCGGACCGUGCUGGGGAAGGAGGAGAAUGCGCAGAUCGACGCUGCGCUCGCUGCUUGGUUUCAUCAGUUCGGUGCGCUUCUGCUUGAAAAGAGUGCCAGCAAGUGUAUCGAAUGGCUUGUAAGGCGCUUCAGGGUACACGACUUCAACACCCAUCUCUUCAUAUCGGCUUUUCUCCCGUACCACGCGACACCGCAAUUUGCCCGAGUAGUCCAGAUCGCAGACUUGAGCAAGGCUCCGCUCCUCGCCUCUUUUCUUGCCCCAUACCAACAACAUCUCAAGAAAGCCUCUGCAGAUGGUGACCGAGAGGCUGACGAUUUGGUUGGGCCAGGGUUACCCAUCAGCACACUCCUCACCGCGCUUACACGGGAUAUACGCUCCACUAACGCUCUUGCGCUUUUGCGAUGGGUCGCAUCGCUCAUUUCUUCGUCAACCUCGUCAGCAGGCGCUUCAUCAUCGACAUCGAUAUCUGCAUCUAAACAGCCACCGCAUCGUGCGCUGCUGGCAUUUUGGACGAGCGUGCUCGUGCAUCUUUGCGUUCUUACGACCAAUCAGCAGUCGCAGUGCGGCUCAACGUCCUCUGGAUUCAGCACGAAUCAAGCUCAGGGAAAGGCGAAAAAAUCGACAAACAACAACGCAGUCGGUCGUGCCGACGAGCACCAGGCAAUUCUAGCCGUGAUCUUACCGGCGGCGACGGGGCUUGCUGCGCGCAGCGCGCGCUCACUCGCUACGAUUAAUGGUUCCACCGAUCUGAACUCGCACAUCGGCAAGGCAAAGAAGAGCCGAAAGUCGCAUGCUCUCACCAAGGCUACUCAAACCGAGUCCGUCCAUGUUCACGCAUGGAGUGAGGCGCACAAGGCCGCUUGCAUGCUGCUCUGCGCCGUCGCAAGCUGCUUCGAGCUCAGUACACAGGCCGUCAGUGCCUGCUUGCGAGAAAUUCUGCCCCCAUCAAAGCCCAAUGCGGAAGCCCGUCUAGUCGCGUCGGAGCCGGAGACGCGGGCAACCCUGGCAGCUUGCUAUGCUCUCAGCUCCCGUGUUCCGCUGCCAGGUGGUGCAGGACAAGAAGAAUCAGACGGAGAACUUUCAGCGUGCCUUCUCAGCAAAGCGCAUCUUCGUGCAUUGCUCGCACUUCCUCGAGUUCAAGCAAUAUUGGAUCAGGAUCUGCAGAGCGCAGCUUUUCAGGUAGACCAGUUCCUUGCGCAUCUCACCCACGCACUUCUUGCGUGCCUCCACGAAGGUGGCACUGAAGGUGAAGAUCUGCAAGCACAAGCGGACAUUCUCAAAAGCGUUGCACUGGCAGAGCAAACGCCGCAGGAAUUGCGGGUUACCAUCGGAAAGGCGCUCAUCGCCCUGCCUUUGCAGUCGUCAAGUGCUGCUGGGCAAGGCAAGAGUACAGGGACUCAUUGUCAAUCGGCGCACGCAGUAAGAGUACGCAUCCUCGCGGAGAUGCGACAGCGCUCACCCGAGUUCUUCGAGCGAGCUCUUCAAGGCUUUCUUCAGAGUCACGCGCUUGCGGACCCUGAGACUGGAAAGGGCACGCAUAAACUGAAACACAAGGCCAGCAAAGCAAUAGUUACAUCAAAGACGGACAGCGUUGCACAGCAGCAUGUCGCAGUCCUACUACAACAACUUAUUAUGGAGAACACGUUGUCGCAUCUUCCAGCACACGCCUCAUGUGCAGAUGAUGGAGACCAAUCGCUCUGGCUUGCAGUCCACUCGUCCAACGCGGCGGAACGCGACGUCGCGCUCCGGUCAAUCCUUUCGAAAAUUGACACCAGCCUCAUUGCACCAGGGUUGGGAGAGGUGGGAAUAAUAGAUGACCGAACGGAAGCACGAGAAGUGCUCAAAGGACUUGUGCUUGCGCGUCUGAGCGAUGACAGCGUCGAUGUGCUUCGCACGCUUUUUUCUGCGGAAAUGAGCAGUGAGAACGUGCUGCUGAAGCUUGCCAAGCCGGAAGAAGUGCUGGAAGCCAUCCUCGCAAAUUUUGACCUCUUUCACACGCCUUCGUCCGUCCUCAAUUUGACCAGCGAGAAUGCAGCACAACGCUUUAGCACACACCUUUCGUUCAUGGUCUCUCACGUCCUACCCAGCUGUGCCCGCUCGGGAGGCACACAUGCUGAGGAGGCAGCGCGUAAGAUCUUUGAGCGUGCAGUAUUCCCACUCUUUGCCUACACUACCAAUACUGCAUCACUCGCACAGCGAGCGUGGUGCGCACUUGCGUCAACACCCGCCACCUCUAAUGGAGGCACAAAAGCUGACAACUGGGCAACUGCUCUGCUCGUGCAGCUGCGCACGCUCUGCGGUGCGCUGGUGGCGCUCGAACGCCAAGAGGAUUUGGUAAAGGCGAACGAUCAGAUCGCUGCGUGUAUCGCGCGCGGCGCUGUAGAUGCCACACCAUUCUUUGUGGGCUGGGCUCGACGUAUGCUGACGUCGGAGAUCGCUUUAUCAGCAUCGUCACCGACGCAAUUGGCAACUGCACCUCCAGCUGCAUUGGCAUGCCUCGUCCUCAUCCACAUUGCUCAACAGCGUCUACCGCAAAAUGACGCACAACUCAUCGAGCGCGAGGAAAUUUUGCGCCUUGCGAGUGCAAUGUUCGACUCUGCACCUGUGAGCCUUUCCGUUGAAGAUGGGAAAGACGGCAGCUUCAAGGACGCUGCGCUGGCCAGUCUCGCCAACCAUAGAGGCGUGGCGCCUAAAACUGUGGCGCUGCUCGCGCUUGCGCUCGUCGCUGCGCAAACGACCUCGCUAGCCGGCGACGAAGCGAGGCUUUCGCAGCAAUUCUACAUUGGAGACGAGAGUGUCGCCGCACGCUUCGCUGACACGUGCUAUCGCAGCAUCGUCACCUUUGGCAACGGCACCCACGGCGGUCUAGCCUCCAUACACGCAUGGCAGCUACUCGGUUCUUGGCUCGCAGGGCUCAAGCAGGCCGCGUUGCCCUGCCUUGCGCAGGUGUGGACGGACAAGGGAGUAGCGACAGCGACUAGACUUCAGGCUUUGGUUCACGCCCGCGCACUCGUGCAGGCUUUUAUGCCCUCCACGACUUAUGCUGGGCAGGCUCCAGCUGUUGAUUUUCAAACCCUGAUUCCUGCAGUGCUGCAUUCGCUCGCCGACCCUGAAGAGCACAUUCGACGCGCCGCCACUGCUUGCCUUCGCAGCAUCCAAAAUGUGCAUUCCAAUCAUGGACGAUCCCAAGACCGUGCCGUCUUUGCUUUCGAUGUGAUCUAUGGUGCUGCCUCUUCGCAGCAACUGCAGUAUUUGCACGCAAACGAUGUUGCUACUUUCCUGGGCGCUGUGCUUGACACCGAUGCCGGCGCUGGCACAGGGGCAGAGGCCUUCGUGCGCGAUUCGCAGCACCUACACUCAUUCUGCACUGUGCGUUUGACGGCUACAAAAGCGGAUGGGAGGAAAGAGGCAGCAUUCAAGAAUGCUGUACUCUGCUGGCUCCUCUCGCACACAGUUUGCUGGCCCAACAAUGCGGCAAAGGUGGCACUGCUUUCCAUUUUAGAAAGUGUACGCUCGGCCCACAAACUCCAGAUCCUACUCAACGGUCUUAAAUCGCUUGUCGCUCAAGUCGAAGAGGUGCAAGUGAUUCAAGGGAAUGACCGCGAAUGCCUUCGUCUGCUCUUUGGAGUCUUCGAUCGGAGCACGCGGGCCAGCCUGGAAGGAGGUUCGGAUGCGUGGCGCUUCCUCUUGUCUUCGCUCAAAAGCCCACAGAACUUGGUUCGACAAUACGCUUGCGUUGCAUUGGCAGCGGUUUUCCAAUCCGUUCCAGCCGACCUACGCCAGCAGGCGGUACGGACAUUGGCUGCGCAGAUCGGUCUUGUACGCGAGUCAACUUCUGCUGCCUUGUCGACCUGCCUGCGACGCCUCCCAUUGGACGCCGGCAUCUUCACAGCAGCGCUUGCCCACUUCCGACACGCGACACUUGGCAACAGUGCUGCAAGCGACAUGCCACCCUCCAAAAAGCUACGCCGUACCGAGGAUGCCGCAGUGGAUAAUGGCUCAGCGGCACGCGCAUUGUCGAUUCUGCUUGAUGUUGCGCACGACCGCAAGGUGUCCCUUUCCAGCUCUCUCGUUGGUGAGCUCUUCGAGGACAUGAAGGUCAUUGUUGACCAGCGCAACAGCGGCCUCUUCAACUCCGAGCUUGUUCUCCAGCACGCUCUCGGCACACUAAAUGCCGGUCUCGGGCCUGAUAUUAACAAAGAUCCAACCAUUAUGCAGAGCUUCCGCGUAGAUGCCCUCGCCACCAUCAUCAAGCUACCUCUCAGCAGCUCGCUCUUGCACGCCGUACUCCGAUUGAUGGCCAAAGUCGCACACUAUGCGCCUGAGCAGGUUGUGCACAACGUGAUGCCGAUUUUUACGUUUGUCGGCUCUUCCGUCUUGUCGCGUGACGAUCAAGCAAGUUUCGCCAUCGUCGAGUCGACAAUCCGCGACAUUGUGCCUGCACUGACAGCGAAUGUGCGAAGCGAGCUCAAGGGCGCCGACGAAUUUGCACUCUUCCUCCGCUGCCGCGACUUUUUACGCAUUUUCACCGGCGCUGCCAACCAUAUGCCUCGCCACCGACGUACAUCGGUGUUCAAGCUGCUCAUCGACGUGUUAGGACCUGCAGACUUCCUUGGCCCUACACUCAUGCUACUUAUCGACCGGCACACCAACAAGAUCCUCAAGUCGAGCCGCAGUGAUGCGCGAGAUGUUGCACUUGAAUUACCGCUUGCCGUCUUUGCACAGUACGGCCAGGCGAUGCAAGGAAAGGCGCUGACGCAGUGCUUACAAGAGGUCGAAAGACUGGUAGCUAUUGGUGAAGCAGACCCGAUCACUGCGGCUUCUUCAGUGUUCCUCGACCGCCUGGCAGACACGAAUUCAGAGCACGCACCGGCGCUUCAGAAUGGUCCGCGACAGGGGGCAGCCAUCCUGUCUUUCAUUGCAAGAGCUAUUGCAGCGUCUGAACCAUCUCAAGAAAUUCUUCAGCUUGCCUCCCAGAAGGCUCUAGCGUAUGCAGAUACCUCACUUACACCUGUCAAUACAGUUAGUGAACGGCUUCUUGAACAUUGCACGACAUCCAUGCCAUCCGACAGUCAUGUUGCAUUUGUCCUUGAGCUCUUGCGGGUAAAGAAGACUGUGCCGCGUGGUAUCAACCUUUUGCUUCGCCGUUGCGAAGUGGGAAGCUUUGCUGAUCGUGCGUCUAUCGGCGAGCACCUUGGCGACCUGACGCCUGUCACGAUUCUGGCUGCAGGAAGCGAGUCAGUUGACUUGGCCGGGAGCGCUUCACGUCUGUUGCUCCUACUCAGCGAGGACGCCAAAUCACAGGAUGGAGCCUCCUGGGCACCAAGCUUGCCCUCCCUCAUCGCUCUUGCGCGGACCUCCAGUGCUCAUCAAGGUAUUCUCCUUGGCACCUUGUCCAACCUUGUGCCGAAAUUGGGCCCACGCUUGAUCCCACAGCUCUCACAGAUGGUGUCCGUCUGCGAGGCGGCUCUUGAAAAGCGGUGCCCCGAAGGGGUCCUGCAGUCUGCCCUCCAGCUGCUCAACCGCUUGUCCAAGACCUCGCCCACAUUCAUGACAUCCAACCUUCAAACCGUCAUAAGGCUAAACAUCGACUUGACCGUCGCUUCGAGGGGAUCGCCGCAACCACUAGCAAGCACUUUAACUCGGUACUACCAGCCCGAGGAAAUCUUGACAUGCCUCAGCGCUCUAUGGGACCAAAAGGUGUCUGCUGGAACUUUGCCGUUGAUUGCUAUCCUUGACCUACUGCGCCGGCUACUAUCGCAUGUCAAUCGCACUACUACAGCAAGGAUUUACAAGCACGUCUUCCGGUUCAUUCUCAAAGUCUUCGAUCUGCGCCAGGUCAACAACUCCACCACAGAAGUCGAUAAGACUGAAGCAGCCUGCAGCCGUGCCUUCAUCCAGAUGAUCCUCAAGCUAAACGAGAACACCUUCCGGCCAUUAUUCUUGCGCCUUUACGACUGGGCUGCAGUUGAUCUGGUGGAGGAGGGGCUUCCUCUGAAGGACGCACGGGUCAGAUCGCGCUGCCUGACAUUCUAUUGCUUCUUUACAAAGCUCCAAGAUCAGCUGAAGGUUCUCGUCGCGAGCUACUACGCAAUUGCGCUAGACUUUACUCUAGAGGGACUCACAGCCCUUGCCGAUGGAGUCAUUGACGACAGAGCUCUGUGGGCUGCGAUGAUGGCCAGUCUAGCUAAAAGCGCGCAACACGAUGAAGGCAACUUUUGGAAUACUGCGCGUGCUGGGCGUACCGUCCCAGUCCUUGUGCAGGGUCUCAAUAUCGCAGGAGAAUAUGGCGUGGACAUGGUCGCUAAAGAGACAGCAACUGCGCUGUGCGCAAUCGCACAAGUCGUUCCAGAAGACGCAGUGCUCCAAACAUUUAACCGCGAGCUUCUCAUUAAGGCGCGCUCAUCGCAGACGGAGACUGUGCUUGCUGCGCUGAUUGUCCUGGAGACAUUCUGGAGUACCGUGGGUGAAGACCUGCUGUCUUUGGUGCCCGAGACCGCCCCCUUCCUCAGUGAGGUACUCGGCAGGGCUGAUGUUGAGAUUGUCGAGCACGCUCAAGAUCUCGUGCGUGCAAUUGAGCGCGUGCUCGGCGAGCCUCUGGAUCAAUACCUUUUAUGAACAUGGCUAUAGAACCUCUCUUCUUGAAUCACACAUCCAAUUUCAC